AAAAUGCAUUGAAUUCACUUUUAUACUGUGUGAUUGUGACAUCGUGUGAUCUUUCCCGACCGACCCAUCAAUCAAACCCUGAUUCGGCGGCGCACUCCCUAUGAGCACUCCACCUGAUGAAACACUUAGUAGUCUGCUGUAUUCUCCAGUGGUCAUGGAUAAACCAGUCUGCUUGGUUGACACUGGGUCAGAUGGGAAGCUGUGUGUGCAGGAGUCAGCACUACAGAUCCUGACGCAGAUCCAGCAGCCAGUGGUGGUGGUGGCCGUGGUGGGUCUCUACCGCACCGGGAAGUCCUACCUGAUGAACCGCCUCGCAGGGAAACAAACAGGAUUCGCAUUGGGCAGCACCAUCGAGUCCAAGACGAAGGGCAUCUGGAUGUGGUGUGUGUCUCACCCCACUAAAGCAGGAACCACUCUGGUGCUGCUGGACACGGAGGGACUCGGAGACGUGGACAAGGGGGACUCAAAGCAUGACACCAAGAUCUUCUCUCUGGCCGUCCUUCUGAGUAGCACUCUAGUCCUGAACAGCCGAGGGACGAUCGACAACAGGGCCAUAGAGGAACUGCAAUAUGUCACUGAACUAACAGAGUACAUCAAGAUCAAAUCACCUGACGAAGUUGUAGAUGAUUCAGAGUUUGUGAAGUUCUUCCCUAGUUUCAUCUGGGCUGUGAGGGACUUCACUCUGCAGCUAAACAUCAAUGGCCAAGACGCAACAGAGGAUGAAUAUCUAGAGUUUGCUCUGAAGCUAAAACUUGGUAACUCGAGUCAAGUGAAUAAUUACAACCUUCCAAGAGAGUGCAUUCGUAAAUAUUUCCCAUCACGGAAAUGUUUCACCUUCCCAUUCCCAACCAAUCCAGACAAUGUCUCAUAUCUGGAGACACUGGACCCAGCUGAGAUUUCCCAAAAAUUCUUGGAGGUCACUGAUCGUUUCUGCCAGUUUAUCUUUGACCAGAGCCAAGAGAAAAAUCUGAAAGAUGGACACACGGUCACCGGAAGAGUUUUGGGUCAUCUUGUGAAAACGUACGUGGACACCAUCUCCAGUGGGGCUGUGCCGUGUCUGGAGAACGCUGUGAUCGCCAUGGCAAUGAUUGAGAAUGAGGCUGCUGUGAAGGAGGGGCUUGAGGUUUACCAGAGUGGAAUGGAGAAGCUGAAGGACUCAUUCCCUGUGGAACUGAAUGAAAUCACAUUGGAACACCAGUGUUUCAGUCUCAUGGCAACACAAACCUUCAUGAAACGCUGCUUCAGGGACCAUGAUGGGAAGUACUUGACAUCUUUAGAGGAAGCCAUCACUUGUCAGUUUGAUGCGUAUCUCUGGGACAAUGAGAAGGCUUCCGAGGCAAAAUGUGAAAGUCUUAUGUCAGUUCUCUCUGACCCAAUGACAGAAAGAAUCAAUCAAGGAUUUUAUGCCAAAGCUGGUGGUUACAAUCUCUUCUGCCAGGACCUGGAGGACAUUGUGAAUCAGUACAAUACACUGGCCUACAAAGAAGUCAAGAUUGCUGAGGUGUUGGAGAAGUUUCUACAGGAAAAGGUUGCAGUGACCACAGCCAUUCUGCAAGCUGAUGAUAAACUUACUGAAAAUGAAAGAAAGAUUUGUGAGGAGAAAGAAAGGGCAGUCCUUCUGGAACAGGAAAUUAUAGCCCAGGAAGAGAGGCAGCGUCAACUGGAGGAGAAGAUGGAGACUGAACAACAGAACAAUGAAGAGAGGGUGAGACAGGUCAUUGAAAUGAUGGAAGAGGAGAUGUCCCGGCAACAACAGGAGACAAAGCGUGCAAUGGAGAGUAAGCUGAGAGAGCAGUCUGCCCUGAUGGAGAAGGGCUUUCAGGAGAAAGCUGACAGGAUGACCUGGGAGAUACAGGAGUUGAGGAGAAAGAAUGCAGAGGUAGAGGAGAGUACAUCGAGAAAGUAUGCCCAGAUGAUAUCAGAUCAGCAGCGAAGAAAUGAACAGAACAUGGAAGUACUGAGGCAGCAGCACAGACAGCAGAUGCAAGCUAUUAAUAGCAGACCCAGACCCGCAUCUCGAUCCUGUUCUAUACAGUGACAUGUGCUGAAAGAUGGAGUCCACUGCUUUUACAGAUUUCUGACUUUGUAAUUUCUAUAAUCUCACUGCAUUUGAUGUGACUUUCUACGGAAGCGUAUUGCAUUCA